AUGGAUAUGGCCUCGAGAUGUUCCGGUGGUAACGUUACUAUCGGACUACUUAUGGUGAUUGCAACAACUGAAGCAGCAGUGACAUUGAUUAUGGAUUUCAAAUGUACAAAGGUUUACAUGAGUUCUGCUACAGAUUCAGGCAUCACAGGAUUCGUCAAGAAAACAACAUUCAUGGUUUUAAUGCCGUGCAACUGCAUUUCAAUGCUCACUUCUGUUUCAGCAGUAGUUUCUCUCAUUUGUGCAAAAUUUCGGAGUGAUGUACGGAAAGCUCUCCACCUCCUACAAGCCCUGUUACUCGUAACAUAUGCUUUUGAGUACAUGUUGAUUGCAUUUAGCCUUGGAGUUUAUUUUAUGUUGAUUGCAACAUUUGAAGCAGCAGUGACAUUUACAAUGGGUUUCACAUGUACAAAGGUUUACAUGAGUUGUGCUCCAGAUUCAGGCAUUGUCAAGAAAACAAUAUUCAUGGUGUUUCUGUUAUGCAACUUCGUUCCAGUAAUCAUUUCUGCUGUAGCAGUGAUGACUCUCGUUUGUGCAAAGCUUCUGAGUGAUUUUACAGCCAAAGAUUUCCUCUUCGAAUAUGCCAUGAAGCUUUUGAAUUUUGCUUUUGUCUCUAUGUUGGUUGCAUUUAUCGUCGGAGUUUGCCUUGUGGUCAUGAUCCUUCUCCCAUGCAUGUUCUAA